AUGACUUCUCAUGACAUCCAAAAAGAUAUUGUGACUGUGUGUAAGAUUGAAACAGUUAAGGCAAUACUAAAGGAUAUAAAUAGUGAAUACUUUGCUUUAUUGGUUGAUGAAUCUAGAGAUGUGUCACGCAAAGAGCAAACGGCUAUUUGUCUAAGAUAUGUUGACAAAAUAGGGUUUGUGAUGGAGGCAUUUAUUGGACUUGUUCACAUUAAAGAUACUAGUGCUUUAUCUCUAAAGAAAGCAAUUGUAGAUGUACUUGCUCACCAUUCUUUGACUUUAUCUAAUGUACGUGGGCAAUGUUACGAUGGGGCAAGUAAUAUGCAAAGUGAGCUAGGUGGUCUUAAAACGUUGAUUGGACAAGAAAGUAGAUCGGCUCAUUCUGUUCAUUGUUUUGCUCAUCAACUUCAAUUGACUCUUGUUGCGGUUUCUAAAAAGUGUGUUCAACAUCUCCAAAUGGCAUUGGAUAUGGGUGAACUAGAAACGGGUAGAGGGUUGAAUCAAGAACUUGGUCUUGUUAAAGCCGGUGAUACUCGUUGGGGAUCUCACUACAAGUCAUUUGGAAACUUUAUUAGUAGCUUUGACUCUAUUGUUGAUGUACUUGAUACUCUUGUUGAAAAUGCAAAUGUUUUAGGAAUCACAAAUGAUCUUAAUGUUUCAUUACAGAAAAAGGAGCAAGACAUUGCAAAUGCCAUGAUUCUUGUAAAGGUAGCAAAGAGAAGGAAGGUUUUGGGGAUGAAAGAUUCGCUGCAUCUACUGCAUAAUGGAGCUGCGGGAAAGAAAAGUGUGAUUAGACAAGCUUAUCAGCAAAUGCUUGUAUCCAAAGGUUGA